UGUUACUGCGGCAAAUCUGACAUUACACUGAGUGAGCGAUGUGGCUCUUUUUUCCCCCUGUGCUUUAUCGUAGCUGAGGUUUAUAUUAAAAUCAAAUAUUAACUGCUUGAUUAAAAACAUGUCACUGUUCUGCAUCAGGCUGGGUGUUAGUCCAAUGCUGUCGGAUGCCUAGUGACGUCUCCGCCGCUCCCCCGUCUGCUCUGGAGGUUGUCUCCUUCGUCGGGAGAACCGUUGGCGCAGGCGCGGCACUGACAGCUGCUGUCUACUUACUCCGCAAAGUGUGUUUAAUAAUGGCCUGGAAAUCUGGAGGAGCCAGCCACGCAGAGCUAGUCAACAACCUACGCAAAAAUGGAAUUAUUAAGUCCGACAAGGUCUAUGAAGUCAUGCUGGCCACAGACCGAGCCCAUUUCUCUAGGUGUAAUCCGUACAUGGACUCGCCACAGUCGAUAGGCUAUCAAGCAACCAUCAGUGCUCCACACAUGCACGCCUACGCCCUGGAGCUUCUACAUGACCAGCUGUAUGACGGAGCCAAAGCUUUGGACGUUGGCUCGGGCAGUGGAAUCCUGUCCGUUUGCUUUGCACGAAUGGUCGGAGCUAAAGGGAAAGUUAUAGGAAUUGAUCACAUCAAAGAGCUGGUAGAUGAUUCUGUAACCAAUGUGCAGAAAGAUGACCCCAGUUUGAUAACAUCAGGCAGAAUCAAGCUAUUAGUGGGAGACGGGCGAAUGGGCUACACUGAGGAAGCGCCUUAUGAUGCCAUCCAUGUCGGCGCAGCAGCACCCAACGUCCCCCAAGCUCUCCUGGACCAGUUGAAGCCCGGCGGCCGGCUGAUUCUGCCCGUCGGCCCGGCGGGAGGAAACCAGAUGCUGGAGCAGUACGACAAGUUGGAGGACGGCAGCACCAAAAUGAAGCCCUUGAUGGGAGUGAUCUAUGUGCCUUUAACAGACAAAGACAAGCAGUGGUCCAGGGAUGAACUUUGAAGAGGAAGACGGUCCAUAAUCCACCUUUAAGUUUGAACCUGGAGAGAACUUGGAUGGGGUCAAACAGCCCAUGACAUGUUGUUCAAAGCGUAACAAAACAUGCUCCUUUUGUUUAAGCCUAACGAUGGACUAGAGUAUUGCAUUGUUGACAGCCCAGAAGGGCUGGGAAGAGGGACUGCUUGAAGCUCAGCACAGAAAUAUUGGAAAGGACUUUUUGUUUUUUCUUUUCAGGCCUGCAUCUUUUUUGGUUGUGUAUUCUUUUUAACUGCUGGAUUUUAGGGUUUGAUUUUUAUUUUUUUGUGGUUUCACUAUUUGAAAUGCAACAUUUCAGCAGCAUCAAAGCUGAAUGUAGGAGUAACGCUGGACAACGACGAGGAAAGUCUGAAUCUUAUAGUUAAUUCACCUAACUACAGAGUGUGUGUGUGUAUGUGUGUGUGUGGAUCAUCUAACUGUAGACUUCUCUGCUAACAUAUGAGCUUUUCCCCUGCCAGCAGAAUUAGGAACACACACAAAGGCAACACAAUGGCUGACCUACACGUCCUGUUUAAUGUACAGCACUCUCACGUCAUCCAACACAUAGAAUAAGCAACACAUUGGAUCACACUCCAAAGAGAGCUGAGCACUAACAACAACGAUGCACGUGCACACAUUCAGGGCUGUGCUUUUCCACCUGGUGGGGUUUUCGCUUUCUGCCGCUGGUUUACCAUCAAUUUAUGCAGGCUCUUCUGGUGACUGUUUCAAAUGGGAUAGUCACUGCUUUGCCAAAAUAAACUUCAACAAUAUAAAGCAAAUGAAUGUCUGUUUUUCUUGAAAUCAAAAAAAUAAAUAAAAUCACAUUUUAUUUGUGGUGAUGGAUGAUAUUUGGCUGUCACCGUUUCUGGAAUGGCACAUGAAAAUAAAGAGAUGCAUAUGUUUUUGUCUGCCUUUUUGUUGGUGAAUCUUUUGUGUGCAGGCUGUCACCUAGUGUUUGAUAUAUGUUUAAUUAUAAAGUCUUGCACGCAGGGCUGGAACAAGUAGGUCAGGAGUUCCUAUUAUUUAGGCACAACUCCAACCCUAAGAUAUUUAUGACAAGCCACCAAAAUUAGUUUUUGUAUCUUAUUUAUUUUUUAACCUUUAUUUAUCAAGGAUAAUGGAGGCUCUACUUAUCUUAUAUUAUUUUUAAAUAAAAAUGUUGUAAACCCUUAAUGACAGCCUUAGUGCACCAUUAUUACAGGAGUAUAAGUCUAGUCUUUGAAUGAAAAAUAAAAUAUGUCUUCAGAUAAAGUAUUGGAUUUUGUAAAUGACUUAGUAACAGAUCCCACCAGUGUUUUUUGAUAUAUAAUACACUUUAAUAUCUCACAUGAAAGACAGCACUUUGAGGGAAUACAUGUACACAAUUAUAGUAGGUACACCACACAAGUUU